UGGGGUGCGAGAGAGCGUGGGCAUGCCUUUGGAUUUUGGCUUUGCCUUUGCGGGAGGGGCUGGCUUUGGCUGUGCUGCUGAUUCUCGAGCUCGGAGCACCACAGCGCGGAUCUCGAAAGCCAACCACGGCUUCUUCUUCCCCUUCUCCGUCUCUGACACCUCUCCCCUACGACACACUCACCCCGUUUUGCCACCGCCUGCUUUGCAACCAUCGCUCUGCUGAGUUCGCGGCGGUGGUCUUUGUGCUUGUCGUUACUGUUUGGGAAUGUUGGUUUGUGUUUGCGGGUUUUGGGGUUAGCAUUGGUGGUGUGGUGUAUUGGAAGAAGGGUUGCGGAGAUAAGGCGAGAGAGAAGUACUGUAAGGACACCCGAAUUUGGGACGUGCGAGGUGAGGGUUUCAGAGGGUAGGAGUUUGUAUUGUUCGAUGGGAACAGGGGUGGUGCCAUCCUGCCGGUGCUGCACCACGGUUUGUAGUUCCAGCUCGGGGAAGAAGAGCAGCGCAGUAGUGAGCAAGCAAAGCGUGGUGGGGAGCGUUUACCUGCCAUGGUGGACGCGGGCGCCGCUGUCGCUGCAUUCUGUGGGUGCGGGUGGGUGUAAUAAUUGGGAUUCGGCUGCUUCACUAACUACUGGACUUCCAAGGUUUUCAAGAGUCGUUAAAGUAGCAACGAAUGCGGUGCCCAAUUUGGCAGAGGCUAGACCAGAUAUUGGAGGAGGUGAGGAAGAAAGUAUAGCAGAGGAUGCGGAUGUUGAUUCAAUUUACGAAUGGGAACUCGAUUUUUGCUCUCGUCCGAUACUAGAUAGUCGGGGUAAAAAGUUGUGGGAGCUCGUGGUGUGCGACAGUAGACGACAGCUACAAUUCACUCGCUUCUUCCCGAAUAACGUUAUCAAUAGUGUCACAUUACGGGAUGCAUUAUUGUACAUUAUGGAUACUCUACAGGUACCUAAGCCAGAGAAGAUUCGUUUUUUCAGGUCCCAAAUGCAGACCAUAAUCACUAAGGCUUGCAAAGAGCUCGAUAUUCAACCCGUCCCUAGUCAACGGUGUGUGACACUCAUAAAAUGGCUCGAGGAACGGUUUGAGACGGUCUACAGUCAACAUCCAGGUUAUCAGGAGGGUGCUUCUCCAUUACUGUUACAGCAACAAUCCCUUCCCUUAGAUUUGCCAGAUGCUCUACGGGGGGAGGAGUGGGCGUUUGUGCAGCUUCCAUUCGAAGCUGUGCUGGAGGAGAUGGAAGGCGUAUCGAAAGGGGAUGUGUUUGGUAGCGUGUUAGACCUUGACAGAUUAAACAUAGAUUUAUCUCCAGGCAUCAUGAUUCCAGGUGUUGCAGUGGCAUCGUCACGGGCGACUCCACUUGCAGCAUGGACAAACGCUUUGGAACUAGCUUCACUUGAAGUGGAUACACAACGGUCUUGCCUUGUGCUCUCCACUGGCGUGGCAGAUCGUUGGAGGUAUGCUUUCUAUCGCAAAAGCCGGCAGACAGAUGCAGAAGGUGAAGCUUGGGAGGCAGCGAAGAGGAAAUGUGGUGGUCUUCACUUCUUGGCUGUUCAAUCCUCACUAGAUUCGGAGCUUUGCACGGGAUUUUGGUUACUGAUUGAUACUCCAAUCUCACCUGUGUAGUAUAUAUUCUGGAGUAGAACGCCGUAUUAAAGCUCAUUUUUAGAAACAGCAACCUCGCAAUAGAAAAGGAUGGGGAAGCUGAUCGGUUUUAGGAUUUGUACUCUUUUAUACGAGUCUCGCUGUAAUUCAAGGCACAACCGUGUGAGUGACGCCUGAUCUUGAUGCAUCUAUUUGUUACGAAGUCUCAACAUUUCCAUAUCAACGAUUGAGAUGUUAGUUCACACAUAAGAUGGGGCAAUCUAUCAUGUUCACUUCA